GGAUGAUCAAAUUGAAAACGCUGAAAAUUAUCCUUCCUCUUGCGUUACAUAAUUUCCCCCCUCUACUGAGAAAAAAAUGGCGGUUCUAAUUUCUACGUAUGCGGCUUCUAAUGACUAAUACUAAUCUGCGCCUACAAUAUGCGUAACGUGCGUAUUAUCUCCAAUCUUCUUGUGAUACUCUCCGACGCCGGCUCUGCUUUGAGCCAUUCUCAGUCGGUUUUACUCGAUACAUGAAUAAUCAGGCAUUGCAAAUAGGUUUCAGGACCUUCCUUAAUCUCUCCAGCUUUACAGCAAGGCCAGGACAGUUGAAUAUUGAAUCAUUGGUUUCUUUGAGAGCGGGCAUAAUGUGUUCUAAACGACCCAUUUCAAAUCUAUCAACAAUCUCGUCCUCUAUCAAUGAGGAAAAGAAGAGUAAGAAACUGAAAGGAUUAAAGCUAGCAAUCCCUGAUUCUGAAGAUAAUGUUGUCAAGGAAAAUUAUCAGAAAAUUCAAAGUUUCAAGGAUGACCUUUCAAAAAUUGAGGCAAUGACAGUUCAAGAACUUAGAACAACAUUAAGGAAUGUUGGAAUCUCUGCCAAAGGUCGUAAACCUGACCUUGUAUCUGCCUUGAAGAAUUUUGUGAGCAAGCACUUGGAUGGUGGAAGCUCUCAGGAAGUGGAACAGAUAUCCUCUAAUUGUACAAAAAAUAUUUCGCUGCAAAAUAAAGCUGGUAAUGUACUGGAUGAGACCAUCAAUACUGUUUCAGAGGUUUCAAGUUGUAAACAGAUAAAGAGAAGGGGGAAGCACUUCCCUGCAGAGGAUGAAACAGUCAAAGCUGAUUCUGGAAUUAUCACAACAAAAAAGAAAAUCACAAUUAAAACAGCUGAAGUCUCAGGAAAAAUAUCUUCUGAUUUUGAUGGUGGAUUUUUUGAAACUGAUAAUCUAGUUACCAUGCCUCAAGCUGAACCCUGGACAAUUCUUGCCCACAAGAAGCCUCAGAAAGGUUGGAUUCCAUAUAACCCCAGAGCCAUGAGGCCUCCACCUCCUGAGGAUGCUAAGUUUAUGAAGCUAAUGUCUUGGAAUGUCAAUGGGUUGAGAGCAUUAUUAAAGUUAGAGGGAUUCUCUGCUGUUGAACUUGCCCAAAGAGAAAAUUUUGACGUGUUGUGCUUCCAAGAGACCAAACUACAGGAGAAGGAUGUGGAGUCUAUCAAACAGUGUCUGAUUGAUGGAUACGAGAAUAGCUUCUGGACGUGUAGUCGUGCCAAACUUGGUUAUUCAGGCGCUGCAAUUAUCUCUCGGGUAAAGCCACUUUCAGUCAGCUAUGGUCUAGGCAUACCAGAUCAUGACAGCGAGGGAAGAAUUGUUACAGCAGAAUUUGAUUCGUUCUAUUUGAUUAACGCAUAUGUUCCUAACUCUGGAGAUGGCUUGAAAAGACUGUCAUACAGGGUUACACAGUGGGAUUCUUCUCUUAGCAACUACAUGAAAGAGCUGGAAAAGUCAAAGCCUGUUAUUUUGACUGGUGAUCUGAAUUGUGCUCAUCAAGAGAUAGACAUUUACAACCCUGCUGGAAAUAGAAGAAGUGCUGGUUUUACAGAUGAAGAAAGGCAAUCAUUUGGGACAAACUUUUUGUCCAGGGGAUUUGUGGAUACUUUCAGAAAACAGCAUCCUAAUGUUGUUGGCUAUACUUACUGGGGUUAUAGACAUGGUGGGCGGAAAACUAACAAAGGUUGGCGGCUAGACUACUUCCUGGUCUCAGAAUCCAUAGCCGACAAGGCGCAUGACUCGUACAUUGUUCCUGAUGUUGGUGGAAGUGAUCAUUGUCCCAUUGGCCUAAUACUCAAGGUCUAGAGUUUGCUGCUUUUAGAAGCCCAACUAUAGAUAGAUGGGAUCAAACCUCAGAAUGCAGUUUCAUGGUGAGAAUGAAAAUGGAAUCCCAAUUAGUUAAUAUAUCGCUCUUUAAGCAGCAUCCUAUCGUAAUUUAUGUUGUUUGCAUCCUUUUGAAUUUUGAUUGUGCUAAAAAUUAAUGCUGCAAGUUUUGCAUUAGAAAAUGGGAAAAUGAAAGGGGCAUUUGCAGUUUUGCGAUUA